GUGCCCUAAUUUAAAACAAGAAAAAAGAAAUUAACCCAAAAAAAAAAAAAAAGAAAAAAUCCCCAAUUUCUUGAAUUCAUUUCUUGUGUAAAUUGUGGAUUUGUGGAUUUUGAUCUCUUAUCUUCUUGUUUUUCUUGGUCUUUAUUGGGAUUCUUGAUGGGUUUCUUCAGUUCUGUUCUUGGGUUCUUUGGAUUUGGUGUUGGGUUGUUUGCUGGCAUUGUUAUUGGCUACUUUCUCUUCAUCUACUUCCAGCCCACUGAUGUUAAGGAUCCCACAAUUCGGCCACUUGUUGAACAUGACUCAAAAUCUUUGGAACGUAUGUUUCCUGAAAUUCCCUUGUGGGUGAAAAAUCCAGACUUUGAUCGAGUUGAUUGGUUAAACAAGUUUUUAGAAACUAUGUGGCCCUACCUUGACAAGGCUAUCUGCAAGAUGGCAAAGGAAAUCUCAAAGCCCAUUAUUGAGGAGAAUACAAAAAAGUACAAGAUUGAUUCUGUUGAGUUUGAAACACUCACAUUGGGGUCACUACCACCAACUUUUCAAGGAAUGAAAGUUUAUCAUACUGAUGAGAAGGAGUUGAUUAUGGAACUAUUACUAAAAUGGGCCGCGAAUCCUAAUAUUACUGUUGUGGUUAAAGCAUAUGGGCUGAAAGUGACCGCGCAGGUGGUAGAUUUGCAAGUUUUUGCUAUCCCUCGCAUUACGUUGAAGCCAUUGGUCCCAAAUUUCCCUUGUUUUGCAAAUAUUCUUGUGUCUCUCAUGGAGAAGCCUCAUGUUGAUUUUGGACUAAAACUGCUUGGAGCAGAUGUUAUGGCUGUCCCUGGCCUUUAUCGAUUUGUGCAGGAGACAAUCAAGACUCAGGUGGCAAACAUGUAUCUUUGGCCUAGAACUUUAGAUGUACCAGUCAUGGAUCCUUCAAAAGCCUUCCAGAAGCCUGUUGGAAUUCUUCUUGUGAAUGUAGUUAGGGCACAAAAGCUUAAAAAGAAAGAUCUAAUGGGGAAGUCAGACCCAUACGUGAAGAUAAAGCUUACAGAAGAUAAACUUCCAUCAAAGAAAACAACCGUGAAACGCAGUAACUUGAAUCCAGAAUGGAAUGAGGAAUUCAAAUUGGUUGUCAAAGAUCCACAAUCUCAGGCUUUAGAGAUCAGUGUUUAUGAUUGGGAGCAGGUUGGGAAACAUGAUAAAAUGGGUAUGAAUGUUGUUCCAUUGAGAGAUCUUACACCUGAUGAACCGAAAAUUUUGACACUUGAGCUACUAAAAAACAUGGAUCCUAAUGAUGUUCAAAAUGAGAAAUCGCGUGGACAGAUUAUUUUGGAAGUGACAUAUAAACCUUUCCAAGAAGGGGAUGCACCAAAAGAGGGCACUGAUGAUGAUUCUGGUGCGGUGGAAAAGGCUCCUGAGGGUACUCCAUCAGGUGGAGGUCUUCUUGUAGUUAUUGUUCAUGAAGCUCAAGAUCUUGAGGGUAAACAUCACACAAAUCCAUAUGUGCGGGUCAUAUUCAGAGGAGAGGAGAGGAAAACUAGGCAUAUUAAAAAGAACAGAGAUCCACGAUGGGGAGAUGAGUUUCAGUUCAUGUGUGAGGAGCCACCCACAAAUGACAGAAUACAUUUAGAAGUCCUCAGCAAGGCUCCUAGCAUUGGCAUACACUCAAAGGAAGUUUUGGGCUACAUUGACAUCAACCUUGCAGAUGUCGUCUCCAACAAAAGGAUUAAUGAGAAAUAUCACCUCAUUGACUCCAAAAACGGGCGAAUUCAGAUCGAAAUGCAAUGGCGAACUUAGGACUUCUUCACAGUAAUCCGAUGACUGACAUUGUUUUUCAAGUAAAAUAAACAGUGUCUCAUUUUGUUUUUCUUUAGGGUUAUUACAUGGUAUGAAUUUCAUUAAUUGCAAUAAGUUCAUGUAAAUAUUUGGUUUUUUCUUGUGCUUUC